GGGGUCCACGCCACUUUCUCAAAGGUGACUGAGCUAGUGCACGGGCGAGGAGGGGCGGCCAGUGAUUCCCGCGGGCCAGGACCAUGGGCUGCUGCUUCUCCAAGAGGCAGAAGGCUGAGAAGGAGUCGCGGCCCGAGGGUAAGGAGGAGCAGCCGAAGCAGUACAGCUGGGACCAGCGCAAGAAGGUUGAUCCAAAAGACUACAUGUUCAGUGGACUGAAGGAUGAAACAGUGGGUCGCUUACCGGGGAAUGUAGCAGGACAACAGUUUGUCAUUCAAGACUGUGAGAACUGUAACAUCUACAUUUUUGAUCAUUCUGCUACAGUUACUAUUGAUGACUGUACUAACUGCAUAAUUUUUCUGGGACCGGUGAAAGGCAGUGUGUUUUUCCGAAAUUGCAGAGAUUGCAAGGGCACAUUAGCUUGCCAGCAGUUUCGUGUGCGGGAUUGUAGAAAGCUGGAAGUCUUUUUGUACUGUGCCACCCAACCCAUUAUUGAGUCUUCCACAGAUAUCAAGUUUGGCUGCUUCCAGUGGUACUACCCUGAGUUAGCUUUCCAGUUCAAAGAUGCAGGGCUAAGUAUCUUCAAUAAUACAUGGAGUAACAUUCAUGACUUUAUACCUGUGUCAGGAGAACUCAACUGGAGCCUUCUUCCAGAAGAUGCUGUGGUUCAGGACUGUGUUCCUCUACCUACUACUGAAGAGCUCAAAGCUGUCCGGGUUUCCACAGAAGCCAGCAGAAGUAUCAUUCCAAUAUCUCGGGGUCAGAGGCAGAAAAGCAGUGAUGAAUCAUGCUUAGUGGUAUUAUUUGCUGGUGAUUAUACUAUCGCGAAUGCUAGGAAACUGAUUGAUGAGGUAAGUGAGGAAAAGAGCUACAGACAGAAUAUAUUUGUGUUAAUGUUAAAAAAAUACUUCCUGGGUUUGCUUAUAGGUCCUGUUAUUGCCUUGGAGUUUAAUGGAGAUUGUGCUGUAGAAGGAUGUCAUCUCAUUGUAAAUGAGAUAUUCAAUGGAACCAAGAUGUUUGUAUCAGAAAGCAAGGACACAGCAUCUGGAGAUGUAGACAGCUUCUGCAAUUUUGCUGAUAUACAGAUGGGAGUGUGAAGUGUAAUGCAGAACCAAGAACUUGGUAUUAAGCCCUUUUCAACUUGUGUAUAUAAAGUUUGAUAAUAUACUUCUGUGAAAUAGCAGUGGCUUUCACUAAUGCUAACAUUUUUAAAGUUUAUUUUUUAAUAAAUUGUUGAGUACUACAUCAUUUAAUUCAGAUGCAAAAGUACAUUUUAAAUUAGUUUUAAAUAGCUUAAAAAUAUUUAACCUACUUCUUGCAGUUUUGUUUCUUUGCAGAUGGUACUCUUAUCAGGAAAUAGAAGUGGCUAACGGUUCAUAAUUCUAUUCCUAAUUAAGUGUUAUUUCAAAUCUCUAAAGUUUAAACUUUCAUCAGUGCUUUAUAGUAUUUGAGAAUACAUUCCAUUACUUAUUUUAUCUUUUUUAACUUAGAGGGGUUUUUUACAAGUUCCUCAAUUAGAAUGAACCUAUAUACA